GUGAACGCUUUCCAUUUUGGUGCAUGCAUCAAUGCAUGUGCCAAGGCCGAAUCUUGGAGACCUGCUUUGGGGCUUCUGCAGCAGAUGCAAGCUCGGCGCGUGGAGCAGAAUACGGUAACUUUCAGUGCCUGCAUCAGUGCAUGUGAGAAGUGUCACAAGUGGGAAUCUGCUGUGGAGCUGCUGUCUCAGAUGACACGGAAGAGGGUGGACAAGAACUUGAUUACUUACAGCGCCUGCAUCAGUGCAUGCGCUGCUUCCGGCCAGUGGGAGCAGUCGCUGAGUUUGCUGCAGAGCAUGCGAUCUUCAGCCAUGGCACCAGACCGGGUGGCCUGCAAUGCCUGCAUCACCAGCUGUGCCCGGGGAGCUCAGUCGCAAAUGGCGGUUGGGCUGUUGCAGGAGAUGCCCAGCUUGGGGCUGAGCCCUGAUGUGAUUUCCUACAGCGCUGUCUUCGGAGUCUGCGAGGAGACCAGGCAGUGGGAGCAGACCUUGAAGCUCUGCGAGCAGAUGCAACACCAGAGUCUUCAGCUCGAUGGUUUCGGAUACUUGGUCCAUGCUUGCGAUAGUUCAUUCAUAAGCAAGGAAGUCAAAGUAGAAGUGUUUGUCAGAGGAUCUGCUGUAGCAUUUGCAAAGGUCGACGUCCAUGCCUGCAGCGCCUCAGUGAGUGUCUGCGAGAGGGCCGGCCGUUGGGAGGAGGUUUUGAGGCUUUGGCCGACGCUGCAGGAGGUGCAGGAGGAGGCCAACCGGAAAGAGAGUCAGCUCUAUGACUUCAGCUCGACUGGCCCAGAGGACAUCACGAAACACCUGGAGAGGGCACUGGAGCUACAGUGGCUUGUUGGGUAUCCGUUCUUGGCCUCAGGCCACGAUCAGCUCACCCACGGCUUCUACAAGUAUGUUGCAGGAAUGCAGGCCUUGUGUGCUCGGGCUCUCUUCGCGCUGAUUCCCGAGGCCACGACUGUCAUGGACAUGUUCUGCGGAUCGGGCACUGUUCUCGUGGAGGGCCGUGCUGCUGGCAAGGACGUGAUUGGUUGCGACGUGUCGCCUCUUGCGCUCUUCGCGGCAGCGCACCACACGGACGCCCAUCGCCUCGAUCUAGACUUACUCCUGGCGAAAAGCCGAGAGCUUGCUCAUGGCAUGAAGCUGAAGAGCGAAACUUGGAAGUAUCUCCGGUCCCGGAUCGCUUCCUUGGAGCCUGGGGCCCUCCGGGAUGCUCUGCACUUUGUGCUCCUGGUCUCAUUGAGCCGAGCUCGGGAUCGGACCUACCUCCACUCUUCUUCGAAGGAGUGGGGAGACCGCGGUCCCGGGGCUUUUGGAGCAGAAGGCACUUUGGAGGAUGAUCUGCUGGAGGCGCCAGCCCUGUUUCAUGGAGUUGCCCAGCUUUAUGCCGCGCGCAUCAGGUCACUGCGGAAGGCCAUGCCCUCCGAAGGAGAAGUCCAGAUCCAUCGCUGUGACAAUCGGAUUCUGCAGCUUCCAGAGAAGGUGGAUGCAAUCAUCACCGGCCCGCCGUAUCCUGGAGUCUAUGAUUAUCAUGAACCUGCAAGCGCUUCUGCCGACCUUCUCGGUGGUCAGAUUCUCUACGACUUCUGCGAACCAGGUUCGACUGUGGGCGGCGGCCGAGUGCCCACAGUCGAAGACCAGGUGGGCCACCUGGGCUUGAGCUCAUCGGAAUACGCCCCAGGACGGGAGAUCGGCCAGAACCGCGACUGGCUUGAGGAAGGCACGGACUACGCAUCCAAGUGGCGUCAGGAGCAAGAGAGCUGGCUUGCCUCGGCCUUCAGGAAUCUCCGUGCUGGGGGAACCUCCACACUAAUGAUCGGCGACGGCGAUGAGGCGGCUCCGGGCGACGGUGGCUUCGACAACUUGAGACCCACAGUGGAAGCAGCUGAGAAGGUCGGCUUCCGCUUGAUAGCUACGGCUUCAAUCCGAGGAAAGCGCAGGCAUCCAAAGCAGCCGAAAGGUAUGAAGCGAACAGAGCAUAUGGUGCACUUGCUAAAGCCACCGUGA